GUCGAAAUAGUUUUGUGCGAGGACCAUCGAAUUCUAAUGGCCUUUCGCCCAUGCAAGCAGUGGCUGGUUCAUUUAUUGGUUUUGCAUGUGAUGCAAAUAAAGCUGCGUUAGAUGAAUCAGCAACUGGUCGAAAUGGUUUAUUUACAUCUCAUCUUCUUCAACAUAUUGAUCAACCGAAUUUAACUAUUGAUGAAAUAAUGAUUGAUGUUUGUGAUGGUGUAAUGAAAGAAGCAAACAAUGAUCAAUGUCCAUUUCGAGUAUCUUCGCUUCGACGAAAAGUUUAUUUAAAUCAACAAUUUACAGCUGAUUCUUACCAACCAAAGCAUUCUACAAUCGGUACACCUACUAUAUCAACGAAUCCAAUAACAACAAAUCAAAUAUCAACUCAAUCUCAUAUAAAACUACAACAAAGUCAAACAAAAAAGAAUAAAUAUCAACAAUCUGCAAUUACUGUUGCUGGAGGAAAUGGAUAUGGACAGGAAUUAAAUCACCUCAAUCAUCCUUUUGGGAUCUUUGUUGAUAAUGAUAAAUCAGUUUAUAUUGCUGAUUUUUCGAAUCAUCGUAUUGUUAAAUGGAAACUGAAUUCAAAUACUGGUCAAAUCAUUUUAGGUGAAAAUGGAAAAGGAAAUCAAAAUAAUCAAUUGAAUGAUCCAGUAGAUAUAAUUUUUGAUAAAGAAAAUAAUUCUUUUAUUAUUUCUGAUAUGGGAAACAAACGAGUGAUUCAAUGUUUUGAUCAAAAUCAGACAAAUCAACAAAUUCUUAUUUCAAAUAUUGAUUGUUAUGGUCUGACAAUCGAUAAAAAUGGAUUUAUUUAUGUUUCCGAUUAUGUGAAUCAUGAAGUGAGACGAUGGAAACAAGGAGACAAAAAUGGUGAAUUAGUUGCAGGUGGAAAUGGUAAAGGAAAUCAUCUUAAUCAACUUAAUUAUCCUACUUUUAUGUUUAUUGAUGAAAAUUAUUCUCUUUAUAUAUCAGAUAAUAACAAUCAUCGUGUAAUGAAAUGGAAAAAAGAUGCAAAAGAAGGAACUAUUGUUGCUGGUGGAAAUGGUGAAGGAGAUAGUCUCAACCAAUUGUCUUAUCCCCUAGGAGUGAUUGUUGAUCAUUUAGGUCAAAUCUAUGUGGCAGAUGGAGAGAAUCAUCGAAUAAUGCGUUGGUGUGAAGGAGACGAAGAAGGUGAAAUUGUUGUUGGUGGAAAUGGUGAAGGAAAUCAAUCAAAUCAAUUAAAUUAUCCCAGUGGUUUAUCAUUUGAUAAUGAAGAAAAUCUUUAUGUCGCUGACCUUAACAAUCAUCGAAUCCAAAAAUAUGAAAAGGUUGAAAUUAAAAAUAUUUGA